AUGCUAUUGAAGCGGCAUUUGAAGGACUACCCUUUUGGGGAGGAGACCCCGAUGAACAGCAGUGCACCUGAUGCUGCCCAGAGAGCCAUGGCAAAGCACGCCGUACUUCUGGGACACCAACAGACCUCACCAUUGUCUUCCCACAAGACCUUCAGAAUCAAGGGGUUCCUUGCAAAGAAGCAGAAACAAAACUGUCCAAUUCCUCAGUGGCUUCACAUGAAAACUGGCAAUAAGAUCAGGAACAACUCCAAGAGGAGGCACUGGAGAAGAACCAAGCUGGAUUUAUAA